CAAAUGUCUCAAAGUACAGGAAAAAUCGCUUUCUACGAGGGCAAGUGCUUCACCGGGCGCGCGCUGGAGGUGUGCGGGGCCUGCGAGAGCUUCCAGGAGAGGGGCUUCCCGCCGCGCGUCAACUCCAUCCGCGUCCGCAGCGGCGCCUGGGUCUGCUUCGACCAUGGCGGCUUCCGCGGGCGCCAGUACGUGCUGGAGCGCGGCGACUACCCCGACUUCCGCCGCUGGAACGGCCACGGCGACCACCUGGGCUCCUGCCGGCCCGUCGGGAUGCACGGAGAGCACUACCGAAUCGAAAUAUUUGAGGGGAACCAUUUCAGCGGCCGCAGCCUGGAGUUCACCGAGGACUGCUCCUUCCUGCAGGGCCAAGACUGGGACAAGAGCUACGUCAACGCCAUCAAGGUGUACGGCGACGGCGCGUGGGUGCUCUACGAGAAGCCCGGCUACCGGGGCCGCAUGUACGUGGUGGAGCGCGGGCAGUUCGGCAGCUGCCAGGAGUGGCACGCGCAGAGGCCCAGCGUGCAGUCCAUCCGCAAGGUCAUCAACUACUUCUAG